CCUCGGACACUAGAUGACUUUACAACUACAUAUUUUUGUUUGACUUGGUGAACCGACGCGCAUUAUACUCGGAGAUAGCUUGAUUCCUGCUUAUUCUUCUAUUUAUAUGCUGGAGUUUGGCCCUUAAUUAACUAAUAAGAGUAAUCUUCCAAAUCAAGCACGUAGUCCAAAUCAACUAUGAGCUCGAUGGAGAAUCAGAAGAGGAGGAUCAGUAUCAUCCUUGUUCUUUUUUCAUGGAUUUUCACGGCGGCCGCCAUGACAGCUGAAAACGCAUCAACAAUCCCAGUGAACGUGGGAGUUGUUGUAGACCUUGAUGAACCGAGUGGGAAGAUGUAUUUGAGUUGCAUAGAAAUGGCGCUCUCGGACUUCUAUGCUUCCCAUGCUCAAUACGUGACUAGGGUCGUUUUGAACACCAGUAACUCCCACGAAGAUGUCGUUGGUGCAGCUGGCGCAGCUUUGGAUCUGAUAACGAAUGUAGAAGUGAAAGCAAUCCUAGGACCAAUGACAUCAAUGCAAGCAACUUUUGUUGUUAAACUUGGAGAAAAAGCUCAUGUGCCAAUCAUAUCAUUUUCUGCAACAAGCCCUUCUCUUACUUCACUUCAGAGCUCCUAUUUUUUCCAAUUUGCCCAAAAUGAUUCAACCCAAGUGAAAGCCAUAAGUGGUAUUAUUCAAAACUUUGGAUGGAGGCGAGUUGUCCCCAUUUACGUUGACAAUAUGUACGGGGAGGGAAUCAUGCCCUUUCUAAUUGAUGCCUUGCUCGAGGUUGAUGCUCAUGUCCCAUAUCGGAGUGUAAUUUCACAGUCAGCUACCUAUGAUCAAAUUGAGAUAGAACUUUACAAGUUAAUGACAAUGCAGACUAGAGUCUUCAUAGUGCAUAUGAUGCCUAAACUUGCAUCACAGUUAUUUGCCAAGGCGAAGGAGAUUGGAAUGAUGAACAAGGGUUUUGUAUGGAUCACAACCAAUGGGAUUGGAGAUCGUUUAAAGGCAAUGGAAUCUGUUCUGAAUUCGAUGCAAGGAGUAGUAAGUGUGGAAACUGAUGUUUCAGACACAUUGUGUAAUACCCGGUUGUUUUCUUUAAUCAAACUAAAAACAUAA